AUGGCCUCCUCCAUCGACGUGCGUUGCGACACCCCCCCCGUCCAGAUCCGCGUUGCCUCAACGUCUUCCUCUCUAUCUGUGUCUCCUGAGCACCGGCGGCCCACCUCAACACUGAUGGCAGUGGACCAGUGGACCUGCAAAGGAUGUGAACCUGAAUGGAAUGAGACCUUUGUGUUCACCGUCUCCGAUGGCGCUACAGAGCUAUUCAUCAAGCUCCUGGAUAGUGGCAGUGGCACCGAUGAUGAUUUUGUUGGUGAAGCAACGAUUCUCGUGAUCAAGGUUUCUGAGGAUAGCUUGGCGUGGCUGGAAGAACGCAGCCGUCUUAUAAGAAGCAGAUCCCUUGAUGUAUUACUACAGUUCAUCAGUGACAGUGAUCGUGCGUUUACAAUGUAG